GGCCGCGGCGGGCGGGGCCGCCCGCAGUCGCGCGCAGGGCGGGGGAAGGCGAGCGGCGGCGCGUCGCCGUCCCGGCUCGGCAGCACCGGGCGAGGCGAGAGGCAGGCGGAGGCUGCAGCAUGGCGCUGUCCGUGCCCGUCAACGGCCUCAAGGAGGGCGACAAGGAGCCCGUCAUCGAGCUCUUCGUCAAGGCUGGUAGUGAUGGCGAAAGCAUAGGAAACUGUCCUUUUUCUCAGAGGCUGUUCAUGAUUCUUUGGCUGAAGGGCGUGGUAUUUAGUGUCACAACAGUUGACCUGAAGAGAAAACCAGCAGACCUUCAAAAUUUGGCUCCAGGCACUCAUCCACCCUUUAUAACUUACAAUGGUGAAGUGAAAACAGAUGUGAAUAAGAUUGAAGAGUUCCUGGAAGAAGUUUUGUGUCCUCCCAAGUACCUAAAGCUUUCACCAAAGCAUCCAGAAUCUAACACUGCUGGAAUGGAUAUAUUUGCCAAAUUUUCUGCAUUUAUCAAAAAUUCUAGACCAGAGGCUAAUGAAGCCUUAGAACGCAGCCUCUUGAAAACCCUCCAGAAACUGGAUGAGUAUCUGAACUCUCCUCUUCCUGAUGAGAUAGAUGAAAAUAGCAUGGAGGAUAUUGCAGUUUCCACCCGCAAGUUUUUGGAUGGCAAUGAGAUGACAUUAGCAGACUGCAACCUGCUACCAAAACUACAUAUUGUCAAGGUGGUGGCCAAAAAAUACCGCAACUUUGAGAUUCCCAAGAGUAUGAUAGGGAUUUGGAGAUACCUGACGAAUGCUUAUAGCAGGGAUGAAUUCACCAAUACCUGUCCUGGAGACAAGGAAAUUGAAAUAGCUUACAGUGAUGUAGCCAAGAGACUCACUAAGUAAACAGCACUUGCAAAAGAGAUGACUUCUUGCAUAUUCCGUAACAAUGCUUCUAACAGACUGCUCUUUUCAUAUAAGAUAGCAAUUUUUUUUGCAUGAACUUGCAGUUAUUCAAAGUUAUGGUGGAUAGACCAGGUACAGUAAUUACCUAAAGUUUGCAGAUUUUAAUUAUAGGCUUGUUUUUCCUUACCUCCUUUCAUAGCAAGUCUGAAUAUCAUUAAUGCAGUUAUGUUAAUAUUGCACUGGGGUAACUCUAGAUUCUUCAGUAUGAAGGGUUAUCUUGCCCCCGCUACUUUUCUUUGCAAACAUUUGGUCCCUGUCUACGAAUUGGUCUAGGAUACUCUCUUUCUAUAUGGUACAAGGAAUAUUUAUGUAUUUUGGAAUUUAUUGCUUUUCCAGAUGACUUACACACAACUGUCAUAUGUGACACAUUGAACUGUACCUGCUCGUCUAUGCCAUUUACAUGUAGAAGGGAGCUUAUUGUCCAAAAGAGCCAUUUGUAGAAUAUUUGGCAACAGUUUUUAAAAAGUUUUUUUUCUUGGAUUUGAAAUUACAGGGAUGAUUGAGAAUGGACACAAAUGUGAAACUUGGAUUUGAACGACCUCAAACAUCAGGGAAGUUUGAAUCUAGGCCUGAAUGCUAUAGUGGGAAGCUUGCAGUUCAGAGUUAGUAUUUAGCUGUGUGUCUUCAAGAGCUUGAUGAGCUCAAAAAAAAAAAUCAACAACCUACAUUUGUCCUGAAUUCUGAGUUGCGCAGAUGAAUAAUUAUCAGGAUGCCCUUUUACAUCAUGAAACCAAAAGAACCGGAUGCUUGCCAUCUGUUCACCUUAAAAAUUACAAGUGGCUUUCUUUUUGGUAGUUAAGAACCUUUAUUUUGUGUAGGUCUUUCUGGCAAUAUUUACUUAGAAAACCUGUACUGUCAUAAACAAAGUACAUGUAAACAUUAGUGUUCUAGUUGACAGAUAGCUACUGUAUAUGGUGAAUAGUAGUGCAAUGAUUAGUGAUGCAAGACCAAACACUUAUUGCAGUUAAAGGUGGAAUCUUUCUGGGAACUUUUUUAAGCUAUUUUUUUCCUGAAGAAAGCUAAAGUGACCUUUAAAGAUAGCAUUUGCCUUAAAUUAUAUUAUACAAUUUUCCUGAAAGGAAACUCUUUUAGUUACUCUUGUAAAGCAACGGUGCAUGAGAACCUAGUCCUUUACAUUGGGUUUAUCUUAAUUGCUUGUCUGUGUACCUGGACUGCAAUUUUGCAUUAUAAUAAUCAUUGCACUACUAUACAUAAUCUUUUUACAGCAACACUGAGGAAUAGCACUACAAUUUUUUUAAAAGCAAUUUUCAAAUAUUUCUGAACCAGGGAAUAGUUUUCUUGUUUAAAAUUAAUGAUUUUGAUGCAUGAAAUAAACUACUAGGUUAUUUUUAGAAGACCAUCAUAAGCAACUCCAAAGAAUGCUAGACUUAUAUGCCUAUUUUUUUGUAAAGAUACUUUUAUAUUUAACUGAUUUUAGAAGCUGGAAAGUGCUAUUCCUUGUAGGUUGUUCUUGGAAUAUUUAACAUCCUGCAAUAACAUGAAAAUGCUCACGUAAACACUUUUAUACACUAAUUUUUUUGGUAAGCACUGGCUUUAUGAAAAACAGCCUGACUUUUCUAAGCAUCCUGCUUUUGCUACUUUAUAUACCCAUGAGGUUAGCUUGACAUAUACGAGGUAGAGUAAAAGAUCCAUAUUUGUAUACAUGGCUUGUGGUGCCUUGUCUUGUCUUCCUAGAACUAGAAUUCCAAUAUAAAGGCAAUUAGCAAUCCUGUUACGUGGCUUUCGAGGACAACCAUAGAUACAUUUAGACCCUAUUAUGAUUUAUUACAGAGGUAUAUAGGCACAGGAAAAAGAAAAUUCUGCAGAGCAGCCUGUUUAGGAGGAACUUAAUUGUAGCCCUUUUAUAAUUCCUGUAUUCUAAUGUCACGUUCUCAUCCUGAAUAAAGUUUCUCAGCAGUAAUAAUCCUCUGCAGGGGUUCAGUCUUUGCUAUAACGUGACAUCUAGAAAGAGGAAUGAUUUCCUCUCUUGUUGGAUAAAAGCAUUUUUAAUGAACCAUAGGGUAAAGAAAAAACCUCAUUGGUCUGGUGCUCUUUGCCAUUGUAUAGUUAACCUUUAAAAACAGAAAAUAGGAAGCAAUGUAACUGUGGGCAUAGUUUUGUUGAUUUUUUUUAACUCUACAUUGAAACCUAGAUCAGGAUGGCUCUUGGAAGUUGUUUGAGGUUGUAGUAAUCAGGCCUUACUCUUUUUAAAAACAAAUUAACCAUUGUUUACGCACGUUUCAGUACACCAGGCAACUAUGUGCAUAUGGUCAUGAAAACGCUUUCAUGCAGUUUUCUAGUGUGCACUGCCUACAUAUCAAUGCACACAAAUGCUUAACUUGUAAAAUGCCAGGCUUGUUCUCUUUUAUAGAUAAUAUAUUCUCUCUACUUCUUCGGCAAUCUUCAAACAGUUGUAAUAUGUUAUACUCAGCAUUAAGUAUUUUAAUGAUUGUGUCUGAAAGCUUGUAAACAAAGUUGAAGCUCUUGCUGUAGCUAAUGUAUUUCUUAUCUCAAUACAGUGAAGUAUUGAGUGUCAGAGCCUUUCCCUUAUAGGUGUAAUUCAAAUGAGGACCAGGUUAGUAAAUUAUAAGGCGGUUACCAUAUGAUAACUGUUAACUGUCCUAUGUGAAAGAAUUUGGUAUCUUUCUGGCUUCCUAUUGCACAGCUUAGCUGUGUUGUAACAGAAGCUGGCCAGCCUCUUGCUGGCUUCAGCAGAGCCAGGAAUCUAAUGGAGAGUGAAUAGCUUUCACCUCUGUAGGUGAUCCCUUCAGAUCAGAACAGCUAGGGUGGUGUGUAAAAGGCUUAGCGUCUGGUGUGGGUAGAGCACUUUCAUCUGGCCCCAAUCACCAGCACUACAUUAAUUAAAAAACCCUUUCAUAAGUAUGUAAAUUGUUGAGUUCUGUCAACUUGUUUACAAUCUGAUCUUUAAAUGCAUUUUUAAUUUCAUCAAACAGCAAUUAAUCUACCCCCUGUUUAAAUUUAAAAUGAUGCUUCUAGCCCCUUCUACGAUUUAAAAACAGCAGUUAUCCUUUCAAGUAGGCAUUCCAGUUUGCAAGUUGGGUGCAUGUAUUAGCAUGCCGAAUAACUUACUUUAUUCUCAAGCUGAAAUAUUCUUCAAUUCCCAUUAAAACAGGUGACUCGUGUGUUUCCUGAACACAAAGAGAGAAUCCAUCAUCCUCACCCUGGUUUUGUGUGGGAGCAGAUUAUAGUAUAUGCAUGAUUUUUUCUUAACAAAGCUUUCCUUCUUGAAGAGACUCCUUAUGUGUACAGAGCUGCCUGUUGAACAAGAGGCAUGUGAACUUCUGAAACAAUUUCAUGCACUCCACAACUUUCCUGUGCAUCUACUGCUCACUGCUGGUCUGUAUAAAUGUCCCAUACGGACAGUUGCAGCCGUGUAGCUUGUACGUUUGUAUUUUCCCAUAAAAUUGGUGUUUUUCCCGCAAUGGGCAUGUCUAAACUGAUUGAGUGAGAGUUGCGUGCAAUUCCAUGAUAAGAAGGGAGAUAUAAUCAAGUUUUUAUGCUAAAGUAGCAAAUUAGCAUUUCAUAUCAAAGGAGCACAGACAUGAAUAAAUUGAAGAUGCUUGAGCCAAACCCACUGAUGCCUAUCUCAAUGCAGAACAAAAAGUGGCUAAGUUCAGUCAACUUUUUUUUUUUUUUUUUUUUUACUCUUUGCUACUCAGAGUACUAUCUGAACACAUCCAAUUAAUAUUUUCAGAAGAAAGCUUUAUCCCAAGUGAAAAAUAUUUCAUCUGCUUCAGAACCUGUGCCACCAACUAUUACAUUUUGUUUCUGGAGGGUGUAGGGGGAGGAUGGGAGAACAGUGGAACAGAAAAGCGUAUAGAGACUCUCAAGACAGGACAUCUAGAAUUGGAGCAUUGUAUACAGAAAUACUUGAAGAGUUGAUGCAACUUAUUGUAGUUUGCUUAUGUCUUUCACUCUCUGGAACAUCUUUUACAGAUAUACCAGUAUACUGCUGGCAGCUAUUGUUAAAAAUAAAAUUAUAUUUUCACUACCAA